AUGGAUGGGUACAGUGGUGAAAUAGCACUUGGACAAUCAGUACCUGCGUCUACGGUUUUGCCACCAUUUCCAUCUGCAGUUAAACCAUAUCAGUCACAAUUAUCGUCAUCUGCACCCACCCAUCUUACUAUGGAACAGAUUUGGCAACGUCGAGAGCCUCGCAAACAUUUACUUUCUACAAGUUCUUUAGCUGAAGCUGGAUCUGCGUCCUCCCUUUCUGGUAGUCUGCUAAGCCCAGGUAAUGGUGACUUCUCUCAAGAUGAAGAAGACAAAGAUGCAGAGUCCGAUGAAGAUAGUGACAGAUAUGAGGAUUUUUCUUCUGAUGAAUCCAACGAUGAAUGUUCAGAAAGCAAACAUGCACGCAGUAGCUCUAAGAAAGAAAGAUAUUUUUGGCAGUAUAAUGUUCAAUCCAAAGGCCCUAAAGGUCAAAGAUUAAUACUAAAGAAGAAAUCUGAAGACCCUCAUAUACUUAAUACAGUUACUGAUCCUGUUUUUAGUCCAAGUUGUAGCGUAAGAGGUAUCAAACACAGUGGUAAAGCAAGAAAAGGGGAUGGUAAUGACCUAACACCAAACCCAAGAAAAUUAUAUCUUAUUGGCCUAGAGCUGGACAAUUUGGGAAAAAUUAUUAAUGACAUGAUCCCGGUUAGUGAACUUCCAUUUAAUAUAAGGCCAAAAACACGAAAAGAGAAAAAUAAACUGGCUUCAAGAGCUUGCAGGUUAAAGAAGAAAGCACAGCAUGAAGCAAACAAAUUAAAAUUAUUUGGUUUACAGCAAGAACACAAACGACUCCUGAAUGGUUUAACACAAAUGAAGCAAAUAUUGAGCAACAGAAUAAAUAAUCCUGAAAGUAAAUUGGACUGGUCCUCCCAUGUCAAAAAUGUAAUAAACACUGCUACAGAGGUAAAGAUAGCUGGCAACACUUCAGAAUAUGUCAAUAAAAUAUUAGACAAUGUUAAAGCUGGCCAAAAUAGUGGUGGAAUAAAUGACAUA